AUGGCGGACGCUUCCAUCAGAGCUGCACCCAGCUUGCUUGAGAGCCUUAAGUAUGAUCCGGCGGUGAUAGUAACGGUAGCAGAAGCUGAGUUGUGUCUUGUGUGGUACACGUUGGGUGCAAAAGACCCUAAAAUCAAGGAGUGGUGGUGCCGGCCCAGCAUCCAGGAGCUGGCUACAACGGAAUCAUCAUCCUUGAGCCACAAAGAUGUCGAUGCAGCACUCGCAGACUGCAAGUACAGACUAUGGCUCAAGCACAACACUACGUUAGAUUCCAUUGCAGUGCUUGGUAUGAGCCCUGACUACUAUCUCCACUACACCAGAUUUUGUCUCGACACAUUCUUCCUUCCACAGGCCAGCAGCAGAGAUACUCCUGAAACCAGCAUUAGGGCAGUCACAAGAUGUGUUGAAUCUGCUUUGAGCGUUCUCAACCUGUCCAGUAGGAUUGGCCCUGCUGGCAAGGAUCAGCUGCGUUACUUUCCGGGUUUCUUAUUCGUGAUGCUAUCGUACUGUUCCACUUUUGUACUCAAAGCUAUCCAGGCAUAUCCAGACACUGUCCCGAACUCAGCAGCAGCACUAGAUACAGUAAGAAGAAUUGCGGACUUCAUGGUAGACUUGGGCUUGGAAAGGGGCCACGGCGGUGAUGCCUUCGCAGCCGGCCAGUCCGUACUUCAAGAAAUUUUCAGAAUCCAACGAGGCUCUCAAGCCCACCCACCUACACAACAGCCGAGCCCCACGCCCACAUUGCUUCACAAUGAGCAAGCUCAGGGUGAGCAGCAGUGGCUACAGGAUGUCUUUGACCAACAGUUUCUGGAUUCCGGCUACAGUUUUCCACGGUGGGACGAGCGUUUCAACUUUGGAUGA